AUGAAGACCCAUUUUUUCAUUGAAGCUGCCCAUAAUGGGAAACCAGAAUUGGUUUCCUCAACAACAGCAACUCUGAUGAGACUUUCAAUAUUGAACAUCAACAUCCCUCGCCAGCUGUCAGCCUGUCAUGAAAGUCGAAUCGUGAUUUUCAGAACCGACAUGGCCCUGAAGUUCGUGAUUCGUGUUUCCCUCCCAUGUGGUGUAAUUAUCAGACGCCUUGGAGAGGCAGCUCUUGCGCCGCGAUCGCCUGGCGACCUCUGUGGUUUUACGGAAGGCAGAAUGUUUUUGAUGGCAGGGAAAGUGACGAUCCAAGACGGACACAAUGAAGCUUUUGUGAACCAACUCUAUUGGCUCGAUCUCAAUACCACCUUUAACGUUGAAGGCGGUAUCUCCCCAAAUACUUUGCAUAACACAGAUAUUCCAAGUUCGGCGCCCCAUGAAUUUUCCGGGGGAGCAUUUUUGGCCGCUCAAAAUUCCAUAUACAUAUAUGCUGGCCUCGGGAGUUCGAAUAGGUAUGAUUGGAUGUGGUCAUACAACGCAGAAGAUGGGACAUGGAGUCGCGCAACAGUCGCCGGCGGCAAGCUAAAUCUGGGGAAGCGGUUUGCCGGGCUCUCCGCCAUUGCGCCAGAAUCCAAUCUUUCUUUCUUUACCGGAGGCUGGGACAUGCCCAUCACGGGAACUUUGGUCUUCAACGCGACGGAUAGCGCGAACCUUCAAUGGACAAACGUGACUAAAGUGGAAGGAAAUGACGCGGUCGGAGAACCCCGGAUCGCUAAUGGUGGGAUGGAAUAUGUACGGCUAGGGAAGAAUGGAAUACUGGUUGCUUUUGGUGGUUAUGAUACAUCAAAAAAAGGAACAAAUACAACCGCAACGAGCCAAGAUUUGAGGGCAAUGGAUAAAAUCGGUGUUUAUGACAUUGACUCGAGUACCUGGUACGAAAUUGAAGCUACUGGUGAUAUCCCGAAGCCGAGAACUGCAUUUUGCACCGCUGUUUCUUCCGCGCCAGACGAUUCUUCGUUUCAAGUGCACAUGUACGGCGGUCGCAGCCGUACCAUAGAGAAUGCAACCUCAUAUAAUGAUCUUUAUGUCCUGACUCUCCCAUCUUUUCGUUGGAUACGUGCCCCGACGACUGGCCUAGAACCAUGGAAAGCAGAUGGCGUUGGUCGCGACAGCCAUAAAUGUGUCACCUGGAAAGACGGAGAGAUGGUAGUAAUUGGGGGUACCACUCGGAAAGAUGACAAAGUACAAAAGGGAUGCAGUAGAAAUUAUCCACCAAUCCGAGUGCUUGAUACCAGUAAAUUUCGAUGGGAAAAGCAAUUCGAACGCGAAACAACAUACUCUGUUCCUCGGGUGGUCUCUGAUGUGGUUGGCGGCGAUGGAACUGGUAAAGCUACAUUGAAGGAACCGGAGGGAGGAUGGCCUAAUAGUCAGCUUGAACAUAUAUUUUCUCAAACUGUAUCCAGGAAACCUGAGAUAACAGAGAAGCCGCUCCCGGCAGAACCAACCGGAACUUCUCAACCGACAACUCCCCCUUCAUCCAAGAAGUCCUCUAAUGCAGGUGCAAUUGCCGGUGGAGUUGUUGGUGGCGUUGGAGGAGUCGCCGUCAUCGCCGCGGCUGUUUUCUUUCUAAGAAGAAGCAAACGGAAGAAAAAUACGGGCGAUCGAUUUAAUGCCUCCCCAGCUGUUCCGACAGCUCCUUCGGUUUACUAUCCCGAGCCAGACUCGUCCCAGCCAGUCCUUACUGACAAGAAGGAUAGCCCAUACAUGCGCGUCGAACAACGCCCCAGAGAACUGUCAGCCCAAACAGAAGUACCAUCCCGGUAUGAACUUGAGUCGCAAAGCGAAGGACGCCCUACUCCGGUAUUUGAACUUGACUCACCUAUGUCCCCUCCGCAGCCACGCAAAGAAUAA